AUGCUCGACGCCGCAAGAGACAGAGACAUGCCACGCCUGCGGCAGGAGCUUGAGCGAUGGCACAUGUUGAAGGAUGAGGAGCUGAGACCACCUGGAAGGAUAGUCCUUCGAUGGCCGAAAAUUAUCCACCGCGAGUUUGUCUCUGUGGCUAGAGAGAUGGCCAACGAAGGCAACUCUGAGGUAAUUGGAUACCUGCUCAACAUGGGCCUGAUGUUCCAAACCGACGUCCUCGUGAGAGCUGCUCGCCGCUGUCAUUGGGGGGUUAUCAAGGUUCAUAUGGAUUGCGGAUGGUGGAUUGACGGCUACCUUAGCAGUGAUUCUGAACCUCCUCUCUUGGGGCGACUCAUACACAAGGAAGAAUGCGUUCGUGGGCUACUAGAACUUGGUGCCAAUCCCAAAGCCAUGUAUACCGAUGAUAGCUAUGAUAUCCCACACUUGGCUGGAAAAGCAGCUUCACCUGCUGUCAUGCAACUGCUUCGAGAAUACGGAGUCGACUUUAAGGAGACAAAUGCGCUUCAUGAGGCUACUCACAGGGAAGGGGAUCUUCAAAUCGACACCAUGACCUAUCUCCUCGACGAGAUUGGUGUUCCCAUCAACAAGCUCACGUUCCCAUACCAGUGGGAAUUUUCAUUUGAGACUGGAAACAUGGACAAGGUUGAGUUUUUGGUUGGUAGGGGAGCGGAUCCCAACGUGAAGAACGAGGGUGGUAAAUCUCCCCUUGACUUGGCCAAGGAGAAGGGAUUUGCGGAUGCCGUUCGGGUGUUUGAAGAGAUUAACAACCGGACGUAA